CUUCCCGGAAAGCCACGUGGCGGUAACCCUGGUAACGGCGGCCAUGUUAGGUUUCCUCCGGCGGGCGGUUGACGGUUGGGAUUCGAAUCUUUUUUCAAGCGGAGAGCCGGAGCCGCGAUGACGGACCGUUACAACAUCCACAGCCAGUUGGAACAUCUCCAGUCCAAGUACAUCGGCACCGGGCACGCCGACACCACCAAGUGGGAGUGGCUCGUCAACCAGCACCGCGACUCGUACGCCUCGUACAUGGGCCACUUCGACCUCCUCAACUACUUCGCCGUGGCCGAGAACGAGACCAAGGCCCGAGUCCGCUUCAACCUCAUGGAGAAGAUGCUACAGCCGUGUGGGCCCCCGCCCGACAAGCCCGAGGAGGCCUAAGAGGGCCUUGGGGGGGGGGGGGGGGGGGGGGUUGCUGGGGUGCGGUGUGGGCGAAGGGUGAGGAUUAGAUAUGGAGAUACGAGAUGUGGGGUAGGGUUGUGGAUAGGUGAAGGGGAUUGGGGGGCAUGGCUGUGGAUAGGUGAAGGAUGGGAUGGGGUGGGAAUGGGGAUGGGAGGAGUAUAGGUAUGACUGGGUGAAGGGAGUGGAGUGUGGUAUAAGUGUGGUUGGGUGAAGGGGAUAUAGUGGGAAUUGGGAAGAUACAAGUGAGUAUGUGGGGAGGAAUGAGGAUUUGGGAGCUAUAAGUAUUGAUGUCUGGUGGAUUUUUGGGGUAUAGAUAUGGUAAUGAGUGUAAUUAGGUGCAGGGACAUGGGUGGAGGAUAAGGAGGGAAUAUGGGGAGUGUGAUUGCAAUAUGUGUGGAGGUAUGUGGUGGAUAUUGUUGGAGGAAGAAGACCAUGUAUGGGGUAUACAGUUGGAGGAUAAGAAAGAUACCAUAAAUGGGAUGGUUACAGGUGUAGGCUGGGGGAGUGUGAGAUGUUUAGAGGUUGGGCUGUGGCUGGACAGUUGGGUAACAGGAGGGAUUUGGGUGAAGUAAGUGGCCUAUUGGUGAUUGAAGGGAGAUAUAGGUGAAGUACAAAAGAGACUUGGAUGGUUGGAUCAGAAGUGCAUACCUGUGAAGGCUGGGUUAUGAGGAUGAGCUGUUCUAUGGCUAUUGAAGAGGAGUGAUGAGAGUUUAGGGUACAAAUGUUAUUUGUGCUCCAUUUUCCCUCCAAAACUUGGACUUGAAUUUUGGCCCUCCCAUUUGCCAUCAGCACAUCCAAAGUCGUUGUCAAUGACUGAGGGAUUGAUCCAAUCCGCUUCCAAAAUGGCAUCAUUCCUGUACACAAAUGAAAGCAAAAUACUGUGGGAUGCUGGAAAUCUGAAACUAAAACUGAAAAUGCUGGAGAAACUCAGCAGAUCUGGCCAUAUUUAAGGGGAGAGAAACAGCUAAUAUUUUAAAUCCAAUAUGACUUGAAGAACUGUACCUGGCCCCCUCUAAGUGGAUCCACCUUUGCCUUCCCCAGCCAGUCAGGUCGUUUUUCAGCCACCCUCUUCCGCUCUACAAUCAGCAAAGGAAUCCACCACCCAUCUUGCUCCAGCAGCAAGGGAGUCCACACUUCUCUUGGGGGCUCUGCCAGCACAAGGACAUGCAUUUGAUUUAAACUUUUGUUAUUCAUCUGAAAUAUCAUCUUGCUUUACAAAAGCAAAUGACUUUUUUGUUGAACUGAACUACUUUAUAGAUAAAAUGGUCACUGGCCACAAAAAGUCUACUGUAAAAAUGGCCAGUCCAUCUGACUUGCUCUCACAAGUGAAACUUUGUCACUGUCAACAGAAGGGAAAUUUCACUGUUUCAAGAUGUUCUGAACACCCAUCCAGUGAAUUACUUGUGAUUUGCACUCACUUUGGCAACAUAAUCUUGAGCAACCGAGGAAAGGAAUCUUACAAAGACUAUCUGCUUUCUUCCCCAGUUAAAUGGAAUGGUCUCCAUACACCUCCAUCAGUGAGGAGCUCCCUGCUUGACUUCACCUAGGAGGUUGCUGCUGAUAUUGAAACCGAAGCCCACUACUGUCACAUAGAUCUUAAAGAAGGAUUACAGAAGUACCCAAUGUUCACACGGAUGGUUGCUGCACGGAAAAACUCCCAAGAAUGAAUUGCAUCGUAAAUGGUAUAUGGGGUGCCGUACGGAGUAAAACUAUAUGAAUCUACAGAGAGCGUUGAUAACCUCUCCCCAACAACUGAACUAUAGAAAAAGCCAUUAUGUUGGCAAGUGUUUGGAUAAGUGGUUGUCAACAAAGUAGAAAGAUUCCUUGAAACCCAUGCAUGAUAAAAGCAUGGCAGCUUUAUAUUUUUUAUUUAAGGGGAAUUUACUUAGAAUGUUACUGAUUUUAGAAGGAUUGAAAUUUUGGAAAUAAAGAGAAACCCAUCAAGUGAUUUUCCUAAAACUUGGUGAUUUAUUGGAUAAUGUUCCAGGGGAUUUUUGCGAGUGAAUGGAGUAAUGUUUUAGCAGCGAUUGUUCAGCAAAAUCAGAAACCUGCUCAACCAUGACUAGGUCACUUAGAAAAUGUCUCAUUAUUCAGAAGGGAAGGUUUUGUACCUUUUUUGUGUUGCCAGUUUAUUCCUGUUCUGUUUUUGCUGGGCAGUACAAACUGUAAUUCGUAAACAAUUUGGUUUAAACUGGAGAAACAAAAUAUUUUGCUUUAAAUGUAUACCAUUACACUGAUCUGUGGCUCAAUAAAUGGACAGUUUUUUUUAA